AGUCACUGUAGGGGCUGCUGGAAAAGAAGUCUGUGACACUCAUUAACCUAUUUGAGCAGAUCUUGUACGAUCUAAAGGAGAAAAUGUUCUUGGCUGUUUUGUAUUGCCUUCUGUGGAGUUUCCAGAUCUCUGAUGGCCAUUUUCCUCGAGCCUGUGCCUCCUCUAAGAACUUGUUGGCAAAAGAAUGCUGCCCACCAUGGAUGGGUGAUGGGAGUCCCUGCGGCCAGCUUUCAGGCAGAGGUUCCUGCCAGGACAUCCUUCUGUCCAAUGCACCAUCUGGACCUCAGUUCCCCUUCAAAGGGGUGGAUGACCGUGAGUCCUGGCCCUCUGUGUUUUAUAAUAGGACCUGCCAGUGCUCUGGCAACUUCAUGGGUUUCAACUGUGGAAACUGUAAGUUUGGAUUUGGGGGCCCAAAUUGUACAAAGAAGCAACUCUUAAUUAGAAGAAACAUUUUUGAUUUGAGUGUCGCAGAAAAGAAUAAGUUCUUUUCUUACCUUACUUUAGCAAAGCAUACUAUCAGCUCAGUCUAUGUCAUCCCCACAGGCACCUAUGGCCAAAUGAACAAUGGGUCAACACCCAUGUUUAAUGACAUCAACAUCUAUGACCUCUUUGUAUGGAUGCAUUACUAUGUGUCAAGGGACACAUUGCUUGGGGGCUCUGAAAUCUGGAGGGACAUUGAUUUUGCCCAUGAAGCACCAGCGUUUCUGCCUUGGCAUAGACUUUUCUUGCUAUUGUGGGAACAAGAAAUGCGGGAGCUAACCAGGGAUGAGAAUUUCACCAUUCCAUACUGGGAUUGGAGAGAUGCAGAAAACUGUGACAUUUGCACAGAUGAGUACCUGGGAGGACGUCACCCUGAAAAUCCUAACUUACUCAGCCCAGCAUCCUUCUUCUCCUCCUGGCAGAUCAUUUGUAGCAGAUCUGAAGAGUAUAAUAGCCGUCAGGUUUUAUGUGAUGGAACACCUGAGGGACCAUUAUUACGCAAUCCUGGAAACCACGACAAAUCCAAAACCCCCAGGCUCCCGUCUUCAGCAGAUGUGGAAUUUUGUCUGAGUUUGACCCAGUAUGAAUCUGGACCAAUGGAUAAAACUGCCAAUUUCAGCUUUAGAAACACACUGGAAGGAUUUGCCAGUCCACUCACAGGGAUAGCAGAUUCUUCACAAAGUAGCAUGCACAAUGCUUUGCAUAUCUUUAUGAAUGGAACAAUGUCCCAAGUACAGGGAUCGGCUAAUGAUCCCAUUUUUCUUCUUCAUCAUGCUUUUGUGGACAGGUUGGUUUAAUGAGGACUCUUCCUAGCAAUUCAACUCAAAGUGCUGCUUAGUAUUUUUAUAUAUUACAUAAUAUCUCUCAAGUCUUGGCUUCUGGAAUGUCUUCCCAUCUUGGCACAGCAUGCCAUGGUGGUGAGAGUUAUAGAUGCAAUGAUCCUAUCAAUUUUGUAUAUUAGCUGGUCUUCAAAUUCUUUCAUGGAAAUUGUCUGUGUUAAGGCUUACAAAUCCAUGCUUUACUUUGAUGUGAUUUACUUUGGUAAAAAUGUUUCCAUUUUCAACCUUUGAGAAAAUGAUGACUUCUUCUGGAAAUAAUGGAUUGUUGGUGGGUAGCACAGAUCGUAGAUAAAUGUUUGGGAGUGGAAAGGAGUUUUAUCAACAUUGUUUUGACAUUGUUUUGCUGUUCAAUUUACAACACAAAGCUUUGUAUGAUCAAAUGCAAACACAGUUCUGCACACAUACGUACAAUUAUCUGUACAUCUAUAAGUGCCUUUUAUAUUCUAUAUAUGCCAUAUUGGACUUGAGCAGGCAGCACUGACUACAUAUUUCUCAUCUCCAUCUGUUUCCAUCCAAGCUAUAGAAUGUAAAUUAAGUAACAUACAGUAAAAUGAAUCUCCUUUGGUAAUUGUGAGUUAAUAGGUAAGGACAUUUGGGAGUGAAGAAAAGAAUACAAUUGAGGUGAAGACCAAGAGGCAUCCUCUUUAGCCUAUGAGCUCACAACACUAAAAUUGUGACCAUCACAAAGGAAAUAUCCACUAAUUAUGUAAUAUACUUAUGACUAUAUAUUUCUUGAAAUAUAAAUACAAUUUUAAUUGGUGGCAUUUGAGAGGAAAAAUGUUCAGCCUAUAGCUAACAAAACCUAUAUAGAAGUUUUCAGUUAGAGAAGGUUCAUUUUAGCCCCAAUUAUUAUAAAAUCUACUGAAGUACAAAAAGGACAAGUAACAUUUAUAGGAAACUAGAUGUAUACUGAAUUCUUUGUAUGCUGCAUAAAUAAACUCAUUUCAUAUCUACAGAUUCUGCCAUCAUAUCAGUUAAGUCCCAUGUCAUUACAUUAUAGAUAAAAAAACACAAUUAAAGAGUUUAAGU